GGCGUGCCAGUCUCACGUGCGCACUGACGGCUCCAGCAGUGACGGCCGCACUCUCACCAGCGUAUCCAGACGGAUUGUGAACGGCGGGAAAACUCCAGAACCUCUCAGAGCAGCCACCGAGAAAACGUGCGGGGCCACUCGGGAGCAGUACGGUGGACUGACUGACCGGACCCAACACAUCCCAUCAUCUCCCAGCUCCAGGCAGAUACCGUCCUUCCAAACACCGUCUCCCCAGCUCAGCCUGAGCGGCGCGCACGUGCGCCAGCCGCUCUGACACCCGGUCCCCUCCGGUGAACCGCCGUGCCGCCGCUGUGACCUCUGGUGACCUCUGUGACCCGGCCGCCGCCAUGAAGCCCCGGUCCGGGUGGCACGUGCCCAUGUCGGAUAUUGCCCGGAACACGAUCAACCCGAUCCGACGAAUCGUGGACACGAUCGAGCUGAACCCGCACCCGGACAAACAGAUGAUCGCCCUCUCCAUCGGUGACCCCACCGUGUUCGGGAACCUCGAGCCGGCCAAGGUGGUGGUGGACGCCGUCGUCGAGGCGGUCCAGGCCAUCAAAUUCAACGGCUAUGCGCCCAGCUCCGGGACGGCCACCGCCAAGGAGGCGAUCGCACAGUACACGUCGACGCCAGAGUUCCGGGUCUCGGCUAAGGACGUGUACAUCUGCAGCGGCUGCUCGUCGGCGCUGGAGGCGUGCAUCACCGUAUUGGCCAACGCCGGCGACAACAUUCUGGUGCCGCGACCCGGAUUUCCGCUCUACCAGACGCUGGCGCACUGCAUCGGCAUACAGACCAAGUUCUACGACCUCCUGCCGGAGCGCGGCUGGGAGGCCGACCUGGAGAUGCUGGACGCCCAGAUAGACUCGGGCACGCGCGCCAUCGUCGUCAACAACCCGAGCAACCCGUGCGGCUCGGUGUUCGGCAAGGAGCACCUGAGGCGCAUCCUGGAGAUCGCCGCCCGCCGCCGGGUGCCCAUCAUCGCCGACGAGAUCUACAACCACUUCGUGUUUCCGGAGAGUGAGUUCUACUACAUCGCAUCCCUGACGGACGAGGUGCCCGUGCUCUCCUGCAGCGGGCUCACCAAACGGUUCCUGGUGCCCGGCUGGAGAAUGGGCUGGAUCACUGUCCACGACCAAAACCACGUCCUCAAAGACGUGCGUGUCGGCCUGCAGAACCUCUCGACGCGCACGAUCGGCGCCAACACGCUCGUGCAGGCGGCGCUGCCGACGAUCCUGAGCGGCACGCCGGCCGAGUUCUUCAGCGCCACGCUGCAGCUAGUGCAGGCCAAUGCCGAGAUCGCCUUCAAGCGGCUGUCGGAGAUCAAGGGGCUGAAGCCAGUCAUGCCCAGCGGGGCCAUGUAUAUGAUGGUGGGUAUCGACAUGGCGCGCCUGCCCGAGUUCGAGACCGACCUACAGGUGGUGGAGGCCAUGGUUACCGAACAGUCCGUCUUCUGUCUGCCCGGAAAGUGUUUCGACCUGGCCAACUAUGUGCGCCUGGUGCUGACGGUGCCCCAACAGUUCAUGCACGAGGCCUGCGAGCGGCUGGCGCAGUUUUUCGCCGACCACUACGUGGAGAGCGACGCCGAUCCGUCGGCCGAGGACGUAGCCGUCGGCAGGGCGGACCUGGAGCCGGCCGUCACCAGCGACGUCAGACGCGUGGCCGGCGUCGGCGCCGACUGAGACCGCCGGUCAGAGUCAGGGCCCGACCGAGCGCCGUCAGCACUGAGCCUGUCCGGCCAGCUCAGCGGCUGCCUCUGUCCGCCGGUCGGUCGACUGAGCCGCCGGCCGGCCGGUCAGGAUCGGAGGUGUGGGCAGUCCGGACUGAGCCCAGCGCCCGCCGUAGGCGCAGGGGGGGGGGGGGGAAGUAAAUCGGCCAGUCAGCGGCGAUGUGGGUCGGCUGGGUCGCUCUAGAUGACCUACAUGCAGGGGGAGCGGGUCCCCGCAGUGCCGUGGUCGGCCCGGGCGGGACACAUGCCAUGUGCGCGCGCAGCAGGCGGGACUCGUACUGCGCAGCGCAGUGUGGAGUCCGGGGGCGUCAGAGCCGCGGACUCACCGUCUGCCAGCGGCGAGAUGGACGGUAUCGGCGCAUAGGUAUAUACAUAUUGGGUAUAGCGUAGCGACAUAUUGUACAAUCAUCAAUGGGUGAAUAAGGGAUAUUAUUCGAUCAACAUGAAGGCAUGCUGAACAUUGUUUAUGGACCAUAUGCUGUACAUACGUGCACGUACGAUUGUAAGUCUUAGUGUAAGGUAUCUUAGUUUAUCGCUGUCAUCAGUGUUCAAUUCUUAUUCAUGAUUUUAAAUAAUAAGCUGACAGCUGUAUAGAAAUUCUAUGCGUAUAAAAUACCACAAAAGAUGUUUUAAAUUGUUUAUAGAUGUGCAUUGCGCGCUGUGCAGUAAGUGUGCACCCUCAAAGUCAAUGUAAAAUUCUAAUAUAGACACGCACACAAAACUACUGCUUUGCGUAGUAGUUUUUGUUGGCCUUAUCACUGCAGACAGCUCAGUACCCGGAGUCGUACGGUUCCCCGACUGCAGAGUGGCCAGUGUGCGCUGCCUACAUCCGUCCCUAGCAGUACGGCUCCCCCGUCUGCCUAUAUCCGUCCCCAGUAGUACGGCUCCCCGUCUGCCUAUAUCCCUCCCCAGUAGUACGGCUCCCCGUCUGCCUUUAUCCGUCCCCAGUAGUACGGCUCCCCGUCUGCCUAUAUCCCUCCCCAGUAGUACGGCUCCCCGUCUGCCUAUAUCCGUCCCCAGUAGUACGGCUCCCCGUCUGCCUAUAUCCGUCCCCAGUAGUAAGGCUCCCCGACUGCCUAUAUCCGUCUCCAGCAGUACGGCUCCUCGUCUGUAUAUCCGUCCCCGAUAGUACGGCUCCCCGGCUGCCUAUAUCCGUCCCCAGUAGUACGGCUCCCAGUCUGCCUAUAUCCGUCCCCAGUAGUACGGCUCCCCGUCCUAUAUAUCCGUCCUAUAUCCGUUCCCAGUAGUACGGCUCCCCGUCUGCCUAUAUCCGUUCCCAGUAGUACGGCUCCUCGUCUGUAUAUCCGUCCCCGAUAGUACGGCUCCCCGGCUGCCUAUAUCCGUCCCCAGUAGUACGGCUCCCAGUCUGCCUAUAUCCGUCCCCAGUAGUACGGCUCCCCGUCCUAUAUAUCCGUCCUAUAUCCGUCCCCAGUAGUACGGCUCCCCGUCUGCCUAUAUCCGUCCCCAGUAGUACGGCUCCCCGUCUGCACGGUGGGGGAGCCCGGUGUGCGCUAUUAGUGCUCGUAGACAGCAGCAGUUUGUCACACACAUGUUGACGUAUGUUCGCUCCACUGUCCGAUCGUCUCUAUAACCGGGCCAUGUGCAGAUAUAGCAGUGUAAGGAGAGUACUCUGACAGCGAGCGGCAGGGCCGCCAGCCCAGCAGCGUACCGCGCAGUCAGACCACCGUGUAUGUACAUACGCCGAACUCAGUCCAGUGAACGCUUGGAGCGGAGCGCCCGGUGGGGGUUCUCUGACCUGUGCCAUGUACACAGUGCGUGCGAUCGCCGUGUGUCGAGCUCUGUCCAGUGAGUGUGGUCGGUAAAAUACAUAAUUAUCACCAGC